UCGUCUGCGGGACAUCAACAACACAAGUCCCUGUCCUGUGUAAUGCACAGUUUUCUACAUGAUGACCUGCGCAACACUUAAGUAACCACCACACAUUUGUUUUGCACACAUAUCCGGCAGAAGACAUGAAGCUCUGCUCCCCUCUUCUGCUCGGCCUGGCAGCAGCCCUGUCAUCCGCCUUCGUGAUUUCACCUCCACACAUUUGGACCAAACUGAUCCUGACCCACCACUGGCCAAGCACAUUCUGUAGUAUGGAACAGCCAGUUUGUCAUCCCAACAUCAGCUACUGGACACUACAUGGACUUUGGCCAGAUAAAGGGAUCGACUGCAAUUCAUCGUGGCAUUUCAACUCUUCUCAAAUAGAGGACCUGCUUCCAGACAUGAAGAAGAGUUGGCCUGACUUGCUUAACAGUUCGUCUGCUUCAUUCUGGAAGUAUGAGUGGCACAAACAUGGUACAUGUGCAGCCAAAGCAGCUUCUCUGAAUAGUCAACAUAAGUACUUCAGCAAGGGACUGGAACUGUACCACAAGUUGGAUUUGGACAGCAUCCUGAAGAAGUUUGACAUUAUCCCUUCAGAAACAUAUUACAAACUUUCACAAAUUGAAGGAGUCAUAGAGAACUUCUACAACAUCAAACCUAAGAUCCAAUGUGUCCAUCCAGCAAAGAACGCUGAUGUCCAGAUUUUGGGGCAGAUUGAGAUCUGUUUCAACCCUGACUUCACCCUCAUGGACUGUGAGAAACAGUUUACCACGGAGAAGAUGUCUAAGGGAGACUGGCACAAUCUCAUUGCUGAUGACAAGGCAUCUGGGUUCAGUGUGUGUGACCAUGAUAUGCCUGUUUACUACCCACCUCCUUCAUAGAACACACACAUGUGCGAACUGAAACGCAACAACUAAAACUGCACUGUGACUUAAUCACAAUUAUAUUUUGCUCAGGAAUGACAAUGAACAUAAUACAUUUUAAUGACAAACAUACCCUCACACAAUCAGUGCAGCCUGAAAACAUUUUGAACUGUGUGAAAAUUCUGGCUGUGACAGGUACUUGAAAACAAAAUCUCCUUUAAGUGCAUUGCUGUUUUUAUAUCCUACAAAGACCAGGACACACCACUACUACGUAGUGCUUUAAUGGAAUUAUGUCCCAUCCUGACACUUGCUCGUACAUGAAUCCGAUAUAGUGCACGGCAUGUUUAUUUCCAUUGCUCAAAAGGGGGCAUCGUGAGUUCAGGUCAGGCAGGUGAACAGUUUAUGUACUGUAUCUUGUUGGCAAAUGAGUUUCAUAUCUUGUAACAUCUGGCCAUAUUUUAUAUCACAUCUGUGUGCUUAUGUGCCAUCUCUUUUUUUGCGGGGCUGAGGUUUAGCUACAUUAUGAUGAUUACAUUCAUACAAUACAUAACAUUAGCUGGUGUUCUCUUUUGUUAAUUCACUGCACAAAUACUAUUGGGUAAUAUGUAUAUCUGUAAGGGCUUUCGGGGGCAAGGGCCCACCAUUUUUAAACAAACACUGCUGCAUUGCAAUAACAUCCACAGCUUUCAGGUAUUAUGAACUAGUGGGAGUUAUCAUUAACUACCUUCUGAAGAAUAUGAACCAAGUACUUAGGCCAGUAUUUAAUGGUUAGGUUUGUCCAUGGUGCUAAUAAAUGACUGUUGGUCACAUUUGUGAACUUAAAACCAUUGAACCAAUGUAUAGACUAGAAAUGAAAUAUAGUAUGUGGUGUAAUGAGUAAAUGCUACAGCGCUCUGUUUUAGUAAAUAUAAAUCCAAAUACCCAAGUACUUUGCCAUGGAAACCUCACGACCCACACUAAACACAAGUUGAUUUAUACACCAUUUUUGUCACAUAUGCUCUAGGCCUGCACCGUACAGAUGAAAUACCUGUUUCUCAAGGAUGUAGCAAAUGAUCUCGUGAACACUACCUAAUCCCAGCUGAUUUUUACAAUUACUUGUUUUUAUUGACGCCGUUUGACAAUUGCUGUUUUUGUGCAUAGAUAAAUAAAUUCUCUUUAAACUGAAAGGUAAUUUUUUUAAAUCUCAAUAAAAUAUUGGAUAUCAAAUCAAUCUA